AGAGGAGAAGCAGCGGAGAUGGGCUCACACCUCUGAUUCACUCUUCAUCCUUCAGCUUAUUUAUUUUUUCUCAAAGACCUGGAACGAUAUAAUAUCCAGAAGGGUGUUUUUUAGCCACUUCUGUCCAGACGGACGGAUAGACUCCAUCUGAUCGCAGGAGGAACCAGUUUUAGUUGCAUUCCGACGCUUAGUUCUCACCUGGAGAAGAGAGGCGCGCUGCGAUCAUCAUGCACCCAAAUAAGUGCUUACCUGAACUGAUGGCCGAGAAAAACAGCCUGGACCCUUCCUUUGUUCACGCGGUUCGGCUUCUAGCAGAUGAGAUCGGAAAGUGUGAAGGGGAUGAGCUGAAAAAAGAUAGUGACACGAAAAAAUACCUUGACAUUAUCAGCAAUAAAAACAUCAAGCUUUCUGAAAGGGUUCUUAUACCUGUCCAACAGUAUCCAAAGUUUAACUUUGUAGGGAAGCUGCUUGGACCGCGGGGGAAUUCUAUGAAAAGAUUACAAGAGGAGACAGGAGUGAAGAUGUCCAUCCUUGGCAAAGGGUCUAUGAGGGAUAAAGAGAAGGAAGAAGAGUUACGAAAAAGCGGGGAGGCAAAAUAUGCCCACCUGAGUAAUGAAUUACACGUUUUAAUUGAAGUCUUCGCUCCACCGGGAGAGGCCUAUUCUCGCAUGAGUCAUGCCCUGGAGGAAAUUAAAAAAUUUCUUGUUCCAGACUACAAUGAUGAGAUUAGGCAAGAGCAGCUGAGAGAGUUAUCCCUGCUGAACGGAUCUGAUGAGUCGAGCAGAGGGAGGAGCACACAAGGGAGGACCCUAAGGACAACAACCACAGCAUCCACAAUAAGUUUUAAAGUUUGCCUGAAAAAAGUUGAGAUUCUGGGCUUUAGUGGAAGUUUUGUUCACUCCAUGGCCAAGACAAGGGGUUACGAAGAUGGAUAUGAUGAAGAAUACGAAGAUGAGAGUUACGGAGACUAUAAUGAAAACUACAUCUCUCAGUCAAAAAGUGUUUUAGAAUAUCAUAAAUAUGGACACGGAAGCAGUAAUGAAUCGUACAACAGCUAUGAAGAAGAGUGGACGAGCCCCAGACCUGUUCUCAAAGCUCCGGCCUUACGUCUGACAAGAGGAGGCUACAGAAAGCAUCCCUAUGAUAUUGAAAAACACUGUAGUGUUAUGUCUUCAGAGCAGAGAAGAACACAGCAGGGCUUACAGAAGACACCUGGCUCAAGAUGGAAGAUUUCUCUCACACAUUUUAAUCUUCUUCAAAAGGCAAGGUUCUUGGGCAUGCCUAGCCAGCAUCCUGAGGCACAAUAAAACACUGGCAGCUGUUUGUUUUGCUCCCUUGCCAAGUCUAUCACCUCUGGAUUGAAAGUUGCAACCACUAAAACAUCCAGUUCUGGAAAUGAGAACAUGCCUCCCUAUCCUUGAAGUGACCCCAGACAGAUUAAACAGAUGAUAUGCUAAAAUCCAACAGCCAUACAGAUUUAGAGACUGGAGCUGGAGCUGUAUAUCCACCGUGACCCUGACUGAGAGCUGAGUCAGCAAUGAAUGAGAGUACAUUUUUCAAGUGUCUUUUAUACAGUGUUUUAUUUUGCAAUGUUUCCCUUUCUUCUACACAGAUAAAAAGUUAGGCAAGCAGAAGCCUGACCGACUACCUGCAGGUGAGUCUCUGACUAUUGAAAUUGCCCCUUUUGGUGGAGAGGGAAGUGAUGAAAGCUUGGCAGGCUAAUGCUUCCAGGACCCUUUCAGGAAUGAUGGAAAUAACAGAGGAGGACCAGUUUUCCAGGUGAUGGAUCCUUUAAACACUCCUUGACUUUCUAAAAGAUUUAAUAUAAUGGCAAAAUAUUUUUCUUAUAUUUGUGGAAAUACUUCUGUUGAUUUGUUAUUAAUGGCAUGUCCUCUAAAAGUCAAAUGGAAAUAAAUAUGUAUGAUUGAUAGUAAACCUCCCACAGCUUGAGCUAAUAUCAACACAUUCUCUGGUCAUGUAAUGAUGCCAUCUGCUCGUGUUGAAAAUUUCUGGAAGAGAGCUAGAUAUCCUCAGUGUGCAGCACUAAGUGCUCGCCAGUUCUGCUAAGCGACUGCAAACAAAUAAAUGAUGCCUGCCAAGUCCUGUGCUAAGUCUCUUAUUUGCUUUAGUAAUUGUGCACUUUUUGUUCAAAGCAUAACAAAAGCUUGUCUGGAAGGGUCUAGGUGAGAGCGAUAAGCUUUAUCUUACCUCUAUAUCUAUUUCAAGGACGAGUUGAUUGUCUUGGGCUAAAAGCUGCAUCUCCAUACAAAAAUGUCACCCUAGAUAUUGUAAGCUGUUUGACAGAUUAUAACCAGGGGAUUCACAAAGAGACAGCCAGUAGAUCUAGGAGAAUUACCGAGCUGCAUUCUAUGCACACCCAGCCCAAACAUCAAGUGUUAUUUAUCAUAUUCAACAAAAACUAUUCACAUGCACUGUUAUAUGAUUUUUUUUGUGAAUAUUUCAAAAACAUUAUUGUAGAAGUGCUUGAAGGAAUAGACUUACCUUAUAGAAAUUUAAACAUCUGCAGGGUUGUUGAUGAGAAGAUUAUUUCUGGUGAAAAAAAUAAUGUAAUCACAGUUAAUACAGACUUUAUUGCUCAUAAUAAAUGUACAGUGCAUUUAUAUGUGUGUUCUGCAUUCAACCCAUGCCUAAGGGAGCAGUGGGUAGCAUGCAGCACCCUGGGGAGCAAGCCGCAGUCUUGGGAUUGAGCCAGAUACUAUACAGAACUAAAGUAGGUGCUUUUUUCUCAAAGUUUCCUUGUUUACUUGCCGCAUUUUAGCUUUAGUUUAAUUACUAAUGUAUCAUUUAUUGUAUUUACUGCUUAAGUCCUGCCCAUACUCAGCAGGUAGCUGUUUCUAUGCUCUCUCUCCCAUACAGUAGCUCCAAGAAUAAUAUCCUUUAA